ACAGGAAUCGAAAUCUUUUCUUUGACUGAUUCGUUUGAAGUUUGUCCCAGAGCAAUUGUUUGCAAUGGAUUCAGAACAGGCAGCAGCAGCUCCGGCGGUUGGCUUAGACGAGCUUUUUGCUGAUUUUGGAGAUGCUCCGGCUCCAGAACCCCACCAGGCCCCUGUCGUUGCGCCUGUGGAAAGAGUGCACCGCAAGGAUCGGCUCGUUGCUCUGAAAGCUGAGAAUCGUCGACUCCGGGAGGAAGUUCGCUUGCUGAAAAGAAUCAGCUCAUCAGCCGCAGAUGUACGCCAUACAAAUGGUCCCAUCGCACACAUGUGCUUUUUCAAUCGUCGCCUUUCAGUUGAGAGCCGGCGUAAGAUUGAAGACUUCAUCUUGGAGCUGUCACGAGCCACCCGCUCCACUUCUAAUGAACAGAAGGUCAUUGACAGUAGCAACGCCGCAACACACUGGUCUACCAAGUGCCAGACUUCAGCCAUCCACUUAACAUCGGAUACAGUUGAGUUUGUUGAUGACGAAGAGGAUGAGAAAGCUGAGGAGCCAAUGCAGAAUGGUGACACGUCGGUGCAGAUAUCCUCAGCGAGUGCUUCCAUGUCCACUGCUGGUCUUGCUAUCACAGGCAGUAUUCAAGCUCACGGUGGUUUCUUGAUUGACACGCUGGGAGCACCACUCGUCACAGAUCUACCAACAGCAUCACCCUGCUUUGAGCCUCCUGCAUUCCAGAGAGGCUUCCAUCACAUUCUGCCAGCUACUCAGGAAGAGAUCACGGCCAAAGUUAGCAGGGGCGGCCUGUGCUUCAACUGUAGUCAACCUGGCCACAGUAUCAGUGACUGCAAGGCGCCUCGUGAUGAAGGUGCAAUCCAGCGCAAUCGGCAACAGUUUGCCGCACAGCGUACUCCACGCACACCCAAUGCAAAUCGCUAUCACACAGAUCCAGCCAAUCUCGGUGACGGACAGAGACCUAAAUUCGAACCUGGGAAAAUUAGUGCUGAACUACGCGAAGCACUGGGACUUGCUGAACAAGACGUUCCACUGCACAUCUAUCGUAUGCGUGUGCUGGGCUACCCACCAGCGUAUAGCAUGCUAGAUGGGCAUAAACAGUACGGGACUGAUAAGGUCAAGUGCACACUAAACCUCUACUCCGGGGAGAAAGAUGAGGAUGAAAUGGAGGUGGAUGAACCGGAUCGCAAGAAUACGCAAGCGGCCAAGAUUGACUACACCCCAACAGCUAAGGAAUCUAUUCGUUACCCUGGCUUUAACUGCCCACUACCGACUAAUGCCGUGGAUAAAUCUGGUUGGCUUGGCUUUCCGGCAUAUGGUGGCAGUGGCAACUUACUGGAGAAACCUGCCACCAGUACCACUACCGACAGCACGCCCGCGACGCCAUCAGCAACUAAAGCUUCUGUGACAACUGCACAGAUCUCCUCACCUGUUCCAGUUACUAUCACCUCCAGCCCUGAGCCAGAUACCGAGGCUGGAAGUUCUGCACCUGACCGUCGUCAUUCAGCAAAGUUUGCACGCGGCGAUUCUCGCAAAGACGGUGAAGACAGUCAAGAUGAAACAGAGGACGGUGAGAUCUGCAGUGGAGAUGCGUCGCCCAAUGUUGCAGUUAUGACCAACGCUGCAUCGGUGUCCAACUCCACCUCUGAAAAUGUGGCACCUGAUGGUGCCGCUGCCGGUACUGCGAAGAGCACGGCUGUGUGUAUUGACGACACUGACAGUGCUGAUGAUGGAGAUGAUCAAGCCGGUCGAGCACCCUCAGGACAAGGUCUGAACGGUGACGAUGAUGCUGCUGCAGCCAACCCUGAGCUGGCCGAUUCUGAGCAAGUCAUGCUGAUCGACUUGAACCCGGAACCCGCAGGGGCUGUGUCUGCUGCUGCGGCUGGAGCACCGGUGAUGAAGAGACAGUGGUCGACCGACUUCCCACCGGACAUGGCACCGGUCGAGGGAGAGCUGAAACACACUUGGCUUCAGCUGCGUCGUAUGAUGAGCAAGAGUAGAGACGGCAAGGACGCAAGUGACUGACUGUGCGAGGGUAAUGAGUGACUGACCGUGCGAGGGUAAUGAGUGACUGACCGUGCGUGGGUAAUGAGUGACUGACCGUGCGAGGGUAAUGAGGUGUCGCGGCAAAGCUUAGGCAGAAUACCUAUCACCCUGGUGCUGUGCAGCACUCGGGCGGUACCACCACCACCACCGCUGUCAUUGUCGAUACUAUCACCACCACCACCACCACCACCACCACCACCACCACCACCGCUGUCAUUGUCGAUACUAUCACCACCACCACCACCGCCACCGCCGCUGUUGACACAUUGCUAGGAUCACUAGUGAAGUGGCCGGUACCACCAGCGCCGCCAUCGCCACCGUUGCUGAUACCACCACCACCACUGCCGCCGUUGAUACAUUGCUGGGAUGACUAGUGAAGCGGCUUGGGCUUGGUACUACUACUACUAGCAGCAGUAGCAACUGCGGUGGCGGCCGUGUUGGCGGCUUUGUUAACCUGUGAGAGUGGUAGAUUGCAUGCACUUGCUACUCGAGUUUUCGAUUGUGAAUCUAUGGAGGUCUGGUGCUGGCUGCGCCCUUUGCAUCUUCUUGCUCUCUAUUUAUUGUAGCGAGGAUGGACGGCUCUGUCGCGUCCAGUAGUGCUACUCCUUCUAUUAGUUUGUGAAUGACUGUUUUAUUCCCCCCCCCCCCCUCUCUCUCUCUCUCUCUCUCUCUCUCUCUCUCUUGCUACUGUCGAGUUUCGAAGCCAGUUUCGAAGCCAGAAGCCAGUUCCUUGGUUCUGUAUUAUGUUGGUGUUGGGUAUUUUGACUUCUGUUAUAGCAGCAUCGAGUGCAUGAUGAUUGUACACUUGUACUGCAACUCUCUUGCUUUUCCAUGUUUGGAUUGUCCGUUCGAUUUAUGCUUCUGCUUUCUACUGAAUUCUCUUGUUGUGUUAUGUGGUUCCUGGCGGGUGCCGUAGUGCUUAUGUUAUUUUCAUAUCCUUGGUUUUAUUAUUUUGUCAUGGUGGCAGCAGGUCUGGUGUGCACACUAGUCUUGCUAUUCACCAGCAGUCACUAGUAUGACUAGUACCUGCACUGCAUGCAGUGUACUGCAGUAGCUGA